AUGCGCAGAGCAUUGGAAGGCCUGGCAUGCUUUCUUAUCGCUCUUGCCAUGCUCUUGGGGACUACUGUGUACAGGGUGCGUCAAAAGUCUCAGGCUGUGCUGCUUCAGUCCAGCCAGAAGAGCUCAUGGGCGGUGGACCCGAAGCAUAAGGCGAGAACUAGACUGGCCUUGAAGAAGCUGGAGAGGAACCUCGAGGGAGAGUUGUCGAGUGUGAAAACGAUCUUGAGCCGGUUAGACUCAAGCCGAGGACAAACGUCCAACACCAUGUCGCUCAGCGAGAAGAAAGCUUCAAAGCACGCCCCUCAGGAAACGAGCAAGGGCAAGACCGAAGAGCAGGACAUCAUGGUCCCGGAUGCUGCAUGGAGGAAACGGACGAUGCAACAGGGAGCUCUGCGUGGAGACACUGUCAAGAAGCAGCUCAAGAGAGUGCUGGAGAAAGAUUUGCUAGACAAGAUCGAGAAGAACACCUCCUGGAAAAGCAUGCAAGAGAUCGAAAACGCGAUCAAGUUUGCAGACUAUCUCAAGGCGCACCCGUUGUCUUCCCCUCCCCGUGUGAAACGAAGCACGCUCGACACAGCCACAGCAGCAGAGCCAACGGGAGGAGAGGGAGGGAGUUCGGGUUCUGACUCGGUGAUCAAAGUGCACUUCAAGCGGGAGGAGCACUCGAUCUCAGAGGCAGACUACAAGCAGCUGGAAGAAGAUCUUAUCCGGCUGUACAUCGACCUCAAUAAGGACAAGAGUGCGGGGGCAGCGAACGAGGGAGUGCAGGUAGGCUCAGCAGCGAAAGCAGGGGGUGCGGGUAUCAAGCAGCUUUCACAGCAGUUUGUUGGAGGAGCCCAGGGAACUCAGUAUGUCGUGCAGCCAGGGGAUCGUGCGAUCGCCUUGUCGGACGAGUACGGCAGGAAAUGGGCUGCAGAUGAAAUUCUGCGGGAGCAUGGGAACUUUGUUCACCUGCCGAGGAAAGACGAGCUACCUCUAGCAGUUAAGCCAUACUGGUACAGCAGUUUGCGAAAGUAG